CUCUGCCGCCAGCACGCUCGACGCUAACUCCGGGCUUCCGAUUGACCCGAGCUGUCGCUUCCAAACCUGACGCGCCGACCUUAAUCAUGGGCUACGUCCUCUACUCUCUCACCUUUUUCGUGCUUGUCACUGCAACCGUCGCGUACUUCACCAGACACCACUGGCUGCACCGCAUACCCAUCCCCGAACCCCUCUACACGCGCCUUCCCACCUCCUUCCGCGAUGAUAUAGAAGCCGGGCUUUCAUCCUCGGCUUUCGAUUUGAACACGAAUCUGGAGGCCGGCGAUUCGCGACAAGGAUUGGACGAUGCGGGGAAGCGUGAGGUACAGAGGAUCAUGAAGAGGAGAGGAGUCGACUUUGAUGAGGCGCGGCGGUUGUACAUGCAAGACCGCUUCAAGAAGAACAACAUCGGGCCGGACGGAUUGCCGCGCGACCCGAAGUUCGUAAGCUUUUCUUAAGUGGGUGGAGAGGGUUCAACCAA